AUGUCCCGCUGCGUGCUGCAGAUUGUUACAGAUAGCAGGCACUUCUCUCUCUCUCAGUCAUCUGCCGUUUACCACUGGAGGUCUCAAUACUCCCGGUCCUCCAACCAGCGACCGUUCAUCGGGUCUCGAGAUCCCAACGGCUCCAAACUGCAGCCACGUCUCACGUUUGACAAUACGGUCUUGAAGACCAGCGAUGAUUUUAUUGCCGUUCUUCUUCAACUCAAGAUCGCCGGUGGACAGCCUCUCGCUCUUAUUCUCGGCCUCUAA